AUGGGACAGGAUCCUUCAUCCUUUGGCCAGGAGCAAGUUGACGAGGCAAUACGUUACCUGUUCCCUUCCGGCCUGAAAUCUCGUCGAGCUCACCCAAAAUUGAAGAAAGCCAGCUGUUUAUUGGAAGAUCUCAACUAUAAGUUUGACCGAGGUUACAUCGACCGUGAUUUUACUGCCUUCAAGAACCAGAGACCAUUGGUUUUGGCCGCUAGUGAGUGGCUUACAAAGGACCAGCUAAGUCGAAAGCUUCUGGAGUCAAUCACGGAUGCCAUGUACGAAGAUUGGCUAAGACUCAUGAAUGCUCUCGUGAACCAUCAGCUUGCGUGGCAUGCGGAAAACUUCAUUCAGUCGUACCGCGCCUCAGUUCAAGCAGCCGCCACCAAAGAGGUGUUCCCUGAACCUCAAGUUGACCCCGAAACCAAUCAGCGGUUUGUCGAUACGUACGGCCAGAAGAAGCAUGCUUUUGUGGAACUACGGAUGCUGCAUCCUGGAGUGGGGAAGGUUAUUGUUAACGACAAACGCCUGCUCGAAUGCUUUCCGCACCUCGGUGACCGAGAGCAGAUUAUGUUCCCACUGCAGUAUACGAACAUGUUAGGCGCAGUGGAUAUAAUUGCCAAAGUCGCGGACACAGAGACUGGACACAGUUCGAAAGCGAACGCCAUGCGACUGGCCAUUUCGAGGGCACUUGCCUGUUUCCUGCCGGGGGACUUGGGAUGCAACAGGCUACGCGCAGCUGGUCUACUGACUCAGGACGAUCGAUUUAGCGAGCGAAAGAAACCGGGACAGAAGAAGGCUCGCAAGAAACCGAUCUGGAAGGCGCGAUAA